CACAGGAUGACAGGGAUGGGAGGGGGCAAGGUUUGAACUUAUGACCAUCGAUAAGUCCCAAUGACAGUCCAAUACACAAACCACAUGACAAGGCAGCCAUUCGUUUGUACUAGGAAGUAAUAUCUUCAAUUCUGAAGGAAUAUCAGAAACAUGUAAAACAUUUUAGAAACAAACAACCUUUUAACCCUAACCCUUUGGGGGAAAUCAGGGGGCAGGGUAUGAACCCGGGAACAUCAAGACAUCAGAAAAACUGUCCAGCUAACAUACCACACGACAAGGCAGCAGCUCUACUAGCUAGUGUAAUCUCUACUCUAGACAUCUUAAUAAUUUAGAGAUCUAGAUUCUGGAAUAGAUUAAUAAAGGCAAUAUGAAGAAUAAGAAUAGUCUGUUAGUUUAACUCUAGGAGAACUAGACUCUGAUGAAUGGGUCCUUGUCAGCUGCACCAUUAAUGCCAUGGUGAAAAAUUCUACCACAAAAUGGCCUCUAAGAAUGAUGCGAAUACCACUUGUACGCCGUGUGCUGUUGAUACUGGUGGUCUUUGGUGUACUUUGGUCUUUCACUUUUGUCAACAUCUCCUUGGUAUUUAGCCAGUCUCAAAGCCGAAGCAGUAAUGAAGUCAAGGCAGAAAUAGUUCAACUAAGUGAGGAGUAUAUCAAAGCUUUAGCUCAGGAAAAUGGAGAUAUUGUUGAUGGUCCAUAUGCUGGGAGAUUCACUGCAUUUGAUCUGAAGAAAACAAUAGCUGUUCUGUUAGAAUCUAUGUUGGCUCGUAUUAACAGGCUAGAGAUAUUUGUGAACAAUGUAACUAAUGGCUCCUUACUGAGUGACAACUCUACAUUGCUCUCUCCCCAUCUUCUAAUGGGUGCUGGACUAGAUGGAAGGCGGAAUGCUGUUUUGUCUGCUCAAGAUCUUUUACAAGGAAAAUCAGAAAAGUGUGAAUUGACAGAAGAAGAUAUGGAACAAUAUCCACAUUGUGGUCAGAAAAUAGAGUGGAUGCAAAAAAUGUGGCAAUCUGAUCCUUGUUAUAAAGGUUAUGGAGUGGAUGGCUCGAAUUGUUCUAUCAUCAUGUACUUGAGUGAGGUUGAAGACUUUUGUCCACGCCAGGCCUGGUCAGGCACUCACAAUAAAACAUUGGUUGAUACCAGAAUAACAUAUGCCAAUGUUACUGUUGACCUUCAAGGGUUAAUGAAUUUAUUAGUUGAUCCGAAUGACAGACAAGGUUAUGCAUGGAUUAGAAUGCGUAUUAGCAGAAUGUGGCACAGAUGGAGCAGUGCAGCCAAAAAUCUGGUAUCUAAAUAUGAUCUUCAAGGGCGACAAAAACAAAAGAUCUUGAUUCACCUUGGUUUAUUGAGUAAACAGUCUGGGUGGAAAUUUGCUGAAAUGCAGUUUAAAGGUGGACCUUUGGGUGAAUUAGUACAGUGGAGUGACUUGAUCUCAACUUUGUAUAUAUUAGGUCAUGAACUGACUGUUACUAGUGAAGUGGAGCAACUUAUUGAAAUCCUGAAUCAUGUACCAGCAGCUAAAACACCCUGUCAGAGCAGGAAAGAAUUGCCAGUUAAUUUAAUAUACACUGAUAUAAUGGGACUUAUACAAUUUAAGAAAAGACUUAAAGCUGGAUAUGCUAAAUUUAGCUGUCUCUUCCGAGUUGUUGAUUCAUUUGGGACAGAGCCAGCAUUUAAUCAUCAUGCCUUUGCCAAGCAAAAUAAAAUAUUAUCAUCUUGGGGUGGUCAGGACCUGAACCCACAACAGUUUUACACCAUGUUUCCACAUUCCCCUGAUAAUUCAUUUAUGGGUUUUGUUGUGGACAGAGUUCUGAAUGACAGUGAAACAAAUCUUACUCCUAAAGAAAACAUUGCUUUAGUGUAUGGUAAAAAUGACUACAUGUGGCAGGGUAAAGAGCAGUAUCUAGAUGUCAUCCACUCCAUGCUAGAAGUCCAUGGGACUGUCUAUGAAGAAAGUGACAACAAAUUACAGAAUGUCCCUAGCUAUGUCAUCAAUCAUGGCAUUAUGACUGGAGUUGACCUUCACAAACUUUUACAGAAAACCAAAAUAUUUGUUGGCUUAGGAUUUCCCUAUGAAGGUCCUGCUCCUUUAGAAGCUAUAGCCAAUGGAGCUGUUUUCCUGAAUCCAAAGUUCAAUCCUCCUCACAGCAGCAAAAAUCAUAAAUUUUUUAAAGGCAAACCAACUCACAGAGAGGUUACAUCACAACAUCCAUAUGCUGAGACCUUUAUUGGAGAACCUUAUGUCUACACUAUCAACCCAAAUAAUACUGAUGAAGUUUUGCAAGUUUUGAAGAAUAUUUUAAAAGAUAACAAGUUCUCCUCUUACUUACCCAAUGAGUACACUGAGGAGGGAAUGUUACAACGUAUGAAUGCUUAUAUUCAACAUCAAAACUUCUGUUCAUUCCAACGAGGUCUAACUAAAUGGCCAUUGAAAGAGGCUGUGCAGUUUGUUUUUGCAGAGAAAGGACAAUCAUGUAAAGAUGCUUGUUGGUCACUCAAUCAUAUAUGUGAGCCAGUUUACUUUCCAGAGCUCAACUCCAAGGAAAGUUUCUCCAAUUUUACAGAAUGUAAAUCAGUGGCUCAUUCCUCCAACAUCUACUACCCAGCCUAUGACACCAAUGCUGGUACCUGCACCACUCAAGAUGAGAGGCUGCUUUUUAGUUGUGUAGGCAGCAUGGACACUUUGCAACGCCUGUGUCCAUGUAGAAACUACAUCCCAGGUCAAAGUGCACUGUGUAUAGGUUGUGAGAUAUGACUUGAGCAUUGAAAUCUCUUGGCUGAGUUUGUUUUGAGAGAGGGUUGAAACCAAACAAGUAUAUUGAACCUCACAUCAGACUAUAGGACUUUAAUUGUUUUCUAGUAUUGCGGCAUUUAAUGUAUUUGAUACUCUUAUUGUUAUUAAAGUAUAAAUUCAGAUCUAAACAAUUUUAUCAUGAUAUAAACAUUGCAAAUUAUUCAUUGUUCAUUAUUACUAAAAGCAUAUCAACUCUAGUUAAUUACUGAACAAUGGGAUUGAUUCUCUUACUAAUCCACUAUAUCAUACACUUUUACCCAAAUGAUAGAACUCAAAGGUUUGUCUGUAGUUUCAGUGCUAGCAAACUGACUGCUAUUUCUUUAUGUUGACUUUUUAUUACAUCGUCUUGUAAAACUCUAAUCAUUGAAUAGAUUUGUUUCCAUUACAUUUUGAUGAACCAUAUCACCUCUUGCUGUCCUGAAAUGAGACACUCUCAGCUAGCUCCUAGAUCAUAUAAAUAAAUAAAUACACUGGAAUCCAGACUAUUUGUACUGACAUAAGUUGAAGCUCUGCUUGAUUAUUAAUCUCUUCAUUUUCAUUUAAGUGGUUAAUUGAAAGUUUUAUAUGUACUGUGCCUAUAUAAAACAAACAGCCAGUCAUAUGGUAUUAAAAUAGCUCAGUGUUUAAGAGAGGCUUAUAUUUGUCAUAAACUACCUCCAAUAUAAAGGCAUAAUGUAAAAGUAACAUUUUAAUUAAUCAAAAAAGAUUCAAAAAUAAAAUUCCUAUUUAAAAUACAUAUUAUAAUUUUUUUUCUUCCAUUUUUCAGCUUCUAGAAUUAUAAACUGUGACUUGAAAUAAAUAUUUAUUCAUAAUUGGUACUAUUUGAAAAUUUCAAUAUAUACCAAUUGAUUUUCAUGCAUUCAUUCUUUAGUGUUGACAUGAAUUAUUUUAUUAAUGUCACAGGUAAUAAUUGCAUAGGAUUAUAAAAAUGUUAUCUUCUUUUUUUUUUUUUUGAAAUGUUUUAUCAUUUAUUGAUGUGCAACUUAUUUAUUGUGAUAUUUAAAAAAGAAUAUCAGAUUUAUUUUUUACAAUAUCCUAUUAGACAAUACAAAUUAUAAUGUAGUUUAUACCUUUUGUCUGGACACUUACAUUUGCAUCAUGCUGCUAUAGCCUAUACCUAUAUUUUUCUAAAGUUUUAUCUUAUAAUAAGGUAGAUUAAAAUUUUUCUAGGACAUUAGUUUUUUGACUAUUUUAGGCAGUCCAUUAGUUGCUUGAUUGGCACUAAUUUCAUGCAACAAAGAUUGCCUAAACAAGUAUUUUACAAAUGAAAACUUUCUCUUUUAGCUUUCUCUUUUCUGUUCUUCAUUGAAGUAUAGUAUUAUUUUAUCCUACAUUGGAAACAAAAAUAUAAGUUUGCCUUCUUCAAAAAUGAAGGAAGGCUGAGAGUUGAGGAUUAAUAUAAUAUUCAAAAGCUGAUUGCACAAACUGACUAAAUUAUUAGGACAUUGUUUUUAUAAGAAAAAGGACAUUUCUUAAAAUUCUUUCUGUAAUGUAUAAAGUACUAUUCCCUAAGAAGAUUCAUUAGUUUCAUGGCUAAGGGGAGAUUAUUUGUUAUCUGAAUAACCAGAGCUCUUUAUAUUUUUUCAAUUAAACUCAGGUGCCUGUUAAAGUGUUUGUUUUUUAGCCCCAACUUUAACUGAAUAUCAUAAUCACCACCAGGGUUUCAAUCCAUGAUCUUCAAGCUGGCAAUCACAUGACCAUCUGUUCUAAUUAGUAACCUACCAUCAUUUCUUUGAAGCAUUUUUUUUUCAAACAAAAAGAAAUAUAAUCAGGUCAGCAAUUUGUUUCCUUAGAAAAUGUGCCUUCCAUGUUUUUUAGAAUUUAAAAUAUUGGCUAUUAUUUUUGGUAGUUUAAAUGCAUUUUCUAGAGAGUUUUGUUGAAGUUUGGUCCUCUUGUAGACUGUUUUUCUAAAGAUUAGGUCUACUUAACGUAGGAUAUUUAGAAAUAUUCUUAAUACUUUCUCUAAUAUUUAAUUGUAUUGUAUUUGUUUUUUAUCUACCUACAUUGAACAUGCAUUGAAUAUCUGUAAUUAAGAUGUUGAGCAUUUCAUUAUUUGUAUUGAUUUUGUAUGUGGUUGCUUUAGACCACUCUGUAGUUUGCUUGUUACAUGGAUCUUACUUGUAGUAGGGGUAUAUAUGUAUAUAUAUAUAUAUAACAUUUAUAGCUCUAUCCAACAGAAGGAUUUCAACUGAUCCAUUUAUUAGCACAUUAUUAUUAUUUCUCCCUUUGGAUAGCACACAUUAGUAGUGAGUAAAGAACAUGACUGCUGUAAUGAAUGAGAAAUCCUAAAAGAUAACACUUGUGUGCAAUACAUUCACUAUUAUUGAACUAAGGUUUUGUUUUGAUUUACAUUUUGUAUUCAUAAGUCUUUCUCAAGAUUUUUUUAUUCAUGUUCACACUAACUUCAAUUUGUCUUAAACAAGAUGUCUGACUUUAAGAUGGUCACAAAUAGUAGUCUUUAAUAACUAUUACUCCUCAAUAAAUCUUUUUUUUUUCACUUUUUUCCCUAAUUCUCUUUCUAAGUUUGUAAAAAUGAUUGAGAUGAUAGUAUCACUUUAGGAAGCUUUGCCUACUCCGAUAUUAAGCCUUGAUCUGUUCAAGAGCAAUUAUAAAAACCUUUAUGUUGGUUUCUAUAUUUAGAGUUUGUUGAAACCCCACUAACUCUAAUGGUGAUGCAUUGUUUAGGUUAAGAGUCCUAAUGUACUAUAUUGUGUUGGGAUGCUGGCAGCAGUUUUUUAAAACUUUCCCAUGAGGAGACCUCAUCACAUCUCCUUGACAACGAGGAGAGCAUGGUGACUCUUUUUUUUAUUUUCAAAGUGAAAGCUGAAUGUGUAAAGCCGUUAAUUUCUUUUUUUUUGACAAUUUUAAAAGUAUAUAUUUUUUAAAUUAAACUCCUUUGUUUUUGUUUAAAGUUAUUUAUUUAUUAGUAUUAGAUCUUUUUUUUUUUUUUAUACAUUUUUUAAAAAUUUACUUAGGGUAUACUGAUAUCGUGGAACUUUGAGCUGGGUUAAGGAACAACCAUCUUUGUAAAAAGAAUUACAAUGGAAGCAUUUCUAUUUACGACUUUUUAAUACAUUGUAUUUUCUCAGAUUUUUUUACAAUUUGCAAUUUUUGAUUUCUUGUCUAGGCAUGUUUCCUAGUUUCUGCUUGUUCCAUUUGUUUCUCUCAUACAUUUUCUUUACUAUUAAAAUUUUUAGCUAUUUUCAUUUAUUUUGUUUUUUUUUUAAAUCAUUAUUUUGGAAGUAAACAAAAAAUAGACUAUUUGUCUGCUGAGGCAAUGAGGGAGUUCAGAACAGAUUGUUUGGUUAGGAAAUGUACAUGACUAGUCUGUAUAGAGUUUUGCGCUAUAAAAUGUUUGUCUUCUUUACAUUAGAACAUUGUUUUAAAAAGCAGCAUAUAUGGGGUUAAUUAGACUCUAAAAUCUUGUCUGGAAUUUUCUUUCUUCACUGAUAUAUAUUUUUUAUAAAACUGUAUUAGGUCUUGUUAACUGGAAGAAAAUAUUUGUUUUACAGUUGAGCAGUUUAUGGAACAAUAAUCAAGAAACAAAAAAAAUCUGUGAUUACAAAUGUAUGAAUAAUUAUUAUACAACUUUCACAAUCAUAAACUGUAAGUAAGGUUUUCCACACACAAAAAAAAGUUAAUGGAUUAAGUCUCUAGAAUGAUUAGAAAAUAUAAAAGUUCUAGUUAGUUUCAUUUUGUUUUUUUUUAAGGAUUUUUUUAUUAAGGAUUUUAAAAAAAAAGUAGAAGUUAGUUAUUUUGGGGAUUUUUUGUUAUAAAGGAUUUCUUUUAUAAAAGAAAAUAUAACUGGGACUAUUAAGCUAUUAAACUAUUAAACAGUUAUUAAGCUAUUAAACUAUUAUGCUUCAAAUAUUUCCUAGUUCUGUUUCUGUUAGUUACAACACUAAGACCCUUCUUCCUAUUAUUGUUAUUGAACUAGCUGCAGUUCUGACCUGAUUAUCUCUCUUAGAUAUAUUGUGUACUUAAUCCCAACCGUAAUUCUAGUCUUUCACAUUCAUUGUGCAUGCGUGUGUGUGCACCUAUUGACAUUGAUAUGCAGUUCUGAUGUCAUUAUAUACUAUAUAGUUCUCAGUAAUGUCAAUCAAAGUUAGAUCAGAACUCAUAUCAAUUUACAAAACUAUCCAAUUACUGAUUUAGUUGUCACAAAUAUUUUAUGUAGGGCAAGCUAUUGGUUUUGGACUUGGUUGAAACAAAAAUUGUAUUCCAUUUUCAAUGUAAAGAAUGUUUUAAAAUUGUGUUGUAUUUAUUUUAUUUUUUUAGUUUAUAUUUUACUCAUCUAGCCUGUUUUUUUUUCUUUAUCCUGGUUGGCAAGAUUUAACAUUUUAUAUCAAAGUGAAAUGUGACUUCAAAUGUCAUCUACUCAGUUACAUGAUGUGAUUCUUAUUUACAAUCACUCAGUGUAGUACUGCAACUAAAUUAUUCAUUGUCUUAGUAUUGUUUCCCAUUCUUAGAUGUUGUUUUUAUUAUGAAUUAGUCAAUGUGUGCAGGUCAUCUUAGGAAUCUGUUUUAUAUUCAAUGAUACUAAUCAGUCGUUCAAUGUAUGUAUGCUGUGUCUUUGUACUUGUCAAGCUCUAGUGCUCUUAUGUUCAACUUCAUGUCAAAUGAAAAUUGGAUUUGUCUAUAGAGUAUGAUGUGCAGAGCCAUCCAAUAGUUUUUUAUGUUGACCAGAUCUCCAUGAGAACUCUCUCCAUUGAUUGAUUGACUGGUGCAUAUCAUUCUGUUCUCUUUCAUGCCCCCUUCUAUUUCUUGUAUGCUCCUGCAGUGCAAAGCUUUACUCAUACUGAAGAUUACUAAAAUAAAUUUGUUUAGAAACA